AUGAAUCGGAGGCAGCAAGUAAAGCGUAGAGUAGGUAAGUAUGAAGUGGGAAGAACAAUUGGAGAAGGAACUUUUGCUAAAGUUAAGUUUGCAAGAAACUCUGAAACUGGAGAACCUGUUGCUCUCAAGAUUCUUGAUAAAGAGAAAGUCCUUAAGCAUAAGAUGGCUGAACAGAUCGGAAGAGAAAUAGCAACUAUGAAGUUGAUAAAACAUCCAAAUGUUGUUCAACUAUAUGAGGUGAUGGCAAGUAAGACAAAGAUAUUUAUCAUCUUGGAGUAUGUUACAGGAGGAGAGCUCUUUGAUAAGAUUGUAAAAGACGGUCGGAUGAAAGAAGAAGAGGCUCGGAGAUAUUUCCAACAGCUUGUUCAUGCUGUGGACUACUGUCAUAGCAGAGGUGUUUACCAUAGAGACCUCAAGCCUGAAAAUUUACUAUUGGAUGCAUAUGGUAACCUCAAGAUCUCAGAUUUUGGACUAAGUGCUUUGUCCCAACAAGUCAGGGCUGAUGGACUCCUUCAUACAUCUUGUGGAACUCCAAACUAUGUUGCUCCUGAGGUUCUUAAUGAUGGAGGCUAUGAUGGAGCAACGGCUGACAUGUGGUCAUGUGGUGUUAUACUCUAUGUCCUGCUUGCAGGUUACUUGCCUUUUGAUGAUUCUAAUCUAAUGAAUCUUUAUAAGAAAAUUUCAUCUGGUGAAUUCAACUGUCCUCCAUGGCUCUCACUUGGCGCCAUGAAACUUAUCACUCGAAUCUUAGAUCCAAACCCAAUGACCCGUGUAACGCCACAAGAGGUCUUUGAAGAUGAAUGGUUCAAGAAAGAUUACAAGCCUCCAGUGUUUGAGGAGAAGGGUGAUUCAAACAUGGACGAUGUUGAAGCUGUUUUCAAAGAAUCCGAGGAGCAUCUUGUUACUGAGAAGAAAGAAGAGCAGCCAGCAGCAAUCAAUGCCUUUGAGAUCAUCUCAAUGUCAAGAGGGCUUAACCUCGAGAAUCUGUUUGAUCCAGAACAGGAAUUUAAGAGAGAAACAAGGAUAACACUGAGAGGAGGCGCGAAUGAGAUCAUCGACAAGAUAGAAGAAGCUGCAAAGCCUCUUGGUUUUGAUGUUCAAAAGAAGAACUAUAAGAUGAGGCUUGAAAAUGUGAAAGCUGGGAGGAAAGGGAAUCUCAAUGUUUCAACAGAGAUAUUCCAAGUAGCACCAAGUCUACAUAUGGUUCAAGUAUCAAAAUCAAAAGGAGACACUCUCGAAUUUCAUAAGUUCUAUAAGAAGCUCUCUAACUCUCUAGAGAAUGUAGUCUGGACGAACAACGAAGCCAAGAAAGAAACUGGAAAGUGA